GGCUUAGACACACGCUCAGAGGGCAGUCUGGACGCUUGAACUGCAUUAGUGCGCCAUCGCGCAUAGAAGAGUCUGUACGCCAACGCUCGCUCGUCAGGAUUCAGCGUUGUUGGUCCUGUUUAACUAGUUUUUAUUAUCCCGCGAUUAUAUCACAAAGCAGUGUAAAGUUUGAAGGAUAUUGGACACUUCCGCCAAGCCGAGCCUGUGUUUUGCUACUAUAUUCACUCCUUGCUCUUUUGUUUGGAGUGCGAAUCCAUUGAACUUGGUCUAUUGUUGUUGGAUGAGAAGCUCAACUUGGCAUUGAGGCUCCUGGGAUCCAAAUACUACAAAACAAACAGGGGUCAGCUUGCAGAUGUUGACAGCUGGACGAUCCACUUUAAGAACAAAAAUGGCCAUACAACCUAAAUUUUUGGAAGAGUUUUUGUCCUGACCACUGUCCUGGAUCUAUACCGCCAGUAGAAAGAGUGACCCAUCUCUCAACAAGAAAAGACUUCUGUGGUUUAAUUUUUCUGUGGACCGUACUUAAGCAAUCAUCAUGCCUAUUCUAAAGCAGCUUGUCUCCUCGUCAUCCCAGUCAAAGCGGCGCUCACGUGCCGACCUCACUGCAGAGAUGAUCAGCGCACCUUUGGGAGACUUCCGUCACACAAUGCACGUAGGUCGGGGAGGCGACGCAUUUGGGGACACCUCUUUUCUUAGUACUCGCUCCGGGGAGCCACCAAAAGAGCCAGAGGUACAGCAGAGCUCGCCUAAACAGAGUCUCCUUUCCCGUACAUUCCGAAGCAGCAAACGCUCGCAGUCAGUCAAUCGUGACAAGCCUGAGAAAUCCAAACUGGCACCUCCAAGUGGCUCGCCGAGUUAUGUGAAGAACGCAAUCUCACUUCCAUAUUUGAAUGAUGAGGACUCGGGACGAGGUACUGGAAUGCACCUUCCCAAAAGCGUGUCCUCAAGCCCACUGAAGAAACUUCCAGAAACUGAUGUGAAGACAUUUGACGGGAAGCCGCUUAAUGGAGCAGCGGCUCUUGCUGUGUCAGACUUGGAGUUGGAUGAGAAGAAUUUCGGUGAGCUGACUGACUUGCGUCCAUCGGCUCCUUACACCGGAGGCAUGAAGCACGCUGAGUCUAUCAUGUCCUUCCAUAUUGACCUGGGUCCUUCAAUGCUUGGAGACAUCCUGAGUGUGAUGGAAAAGAAAGGCUUUGAUGAUGAUGACUUGGGUUUUGAAGAGGGGAAGAGUAGUGAAGGACGUGGAUCGCCACCCCAAAGUCCUCCUAAUGAGGUGGAAGAGGAGGACCCUCUUCCUCCAACUCGCCCUCCACGCCAAAAGCCGGGCACUAACCCUUACACUCCAGAGCUCCAAACCAGAAACCACCAACACCUCGACAGCUGUUCUGUGUCCAGUUCAGGAUCCACAGUGCUGGAUGAAAAACCUCACAAUCUGAUCUAUGAUGGCAACAUGGAUAACAUCAAGUACAGCGCGCCCAGAGUCCAAGACGACACAGACUUCUCCUAUAUGGAUGAGGACGAUGAGGAUGAAGAGAUUAGGGUGUAAAAUGAACCGUAUAAAGAUGAUUGGUCAGUUCAAUUGAUAUAUGUAAAGCUCCCGCACUGACAUGGAGGACUGACUUUAUAAUGGAGAUCAAAGGGAAAACUUGCGUUUAACCCUUGCUGAAUGCUUUUUGAAUACAAUUCCUAGUUCAGAUAAACAAACCCUCUGUUACUUGUAACUUUCACCAGAGCCGCUGCAGCUGUGAGAGGAAUGUGCUUGUAUGUUUGCAUAUGCCGAGGCAAGGGGAUUCCAUUUCAAAUGGUAAUUACAGUCCCGUGAGCAUCAUUAAUGAAUUCCAGUGUUGACCGCUGGGAAUGCCAAUACAGGAGGUUUGUGUGGAACCAAGCUUCAGAUUUUCUCCCAUUAUCGACGCAGUACUCUGAUACAGCUUGUUUAUGCCUUUUGGACUCUGACACUACAAUCUAAUGCCAACAGUCUUAAGUUUCCUCACAGUUGUGGAUUCUAUCUUUAAGUUGUAUCCUAUGUUUCUGCUUUGUAUACUACAGUGUAAAUGAUGAAGUGAUGAAUGGAACGCCAGAAACGUAUUUCAGCAGAUUGCUUUAGGUCUGGCAUGCGCUAUUUUUUCCCCCUCUCUUGAGAUUUGUUCAUGUUUCAGAUCUGGACUUUGUCUUACGGUCUGUGUUGUGUGUUUACGAGGAUUUCCUGUCAGGUCACAUGAAAUUCUUCAAUCUGGUUGAUGGAAUACAGAAACCGAAAGCUGUGGUGACGUUGCAUUACUUGGCGGAAGAAAUUUGAACCAAUAAUGACUUUUCCGGUUUUGUGUGAAUGAGGAUUGAUCUUAAGAGGGCCGAGAAGUGUGCUAUUUGAUUAUUGUUGUAUAGGCUCAGAGAUGAAGAGCGUAUCUUUUAUUCAGGGUCUAGCUUAGUGCCUCGAACUUCAAACCCUUGCUCAUCAGCAGAAGUGGCUCUAGAGGGUUUUCAUCUCUGAAUGACUCUUGUAGGCCUUUGUGUUUCUUUGUUAGGCUUUUUAAGAGAGAUCAAAAUCCAGUGAUGAGCCUGUAAGUUAGUGCUACUCUGUAAGUUAGUGCCAUACACUCUCAGAAAUAAAGGUGCGCGAGCUGUUACUGGGGUGGUACAUUUUCAAAAGAUACACAUUUGUACCAAAAAGGUACUCAAAGGUAUAUAUUAGUACCU